GUCCACACACGCUGCAGACAAACCCCACCAGAAGACAGGAAGCCAAACUAUGAAGCCUUAGUGAACACCAGCUGAGCCGCCCGGUGGUUUUCUGCGCUUCGUCCGGUGUUUGCGCCUCAGCUCGGACCGACUCCCGACUCGCCUUUUGCGCAGAGAAGCCGUCCGCUGCGCUCUCAGCGUCCAUGCGGACACCCGAAGGGGAGGGGGAAAAAAAGUUUUCUGCCACGUUUUGAAAGCAUAACGGAGUAGCAUCGUAAAAAUCGUAUUUUUGUUUUUUUUACUUGUGGGACUUGUGUAGAAAGUUAAGUUUCCAGAAGAUUUUUUUUUUUUGAGGGGUAGUCUGCAGAUAGAAGAAUGCUGCUCCAGCUCCUCACCCUGGCCUGUGGUCUGUGCUGCUUUGGCUUUACCUCCGUCUCUGCAAAUGUGCUGAAAGCAGAGGCUUGGCUGCAGCAGUAUGGCUACCUGCCUCCAGGCGAUGUCAGAGCCCAGGCCAUCCGCUCGCCAAAGUCCGUUGUAACAGCGAUAAUGGCCAUGCAGAGGUUUUAUGGUUUGAAAGUCACCGGCUCCAUAGAUCCCGAGACGGUAGAGGCGAUGGGCCGGCCGCGUUGUGGCGUCCCAGACAAGUUUGGCCCGCAGCUGAAAACCAACCUGAGGAGGAAGCGAUACGCCGUGCAGGGUCUUAAGUGGGACAAGUCUGAGGUCACCUUCAGCAUACAGAACUACACCCCCAAGAUUGGCGAGCGAGCCACGUAUGAAGCCAUUCGCAGAGCAUUCAAAGUGUGGGAGAGCGUGAUCCCGCUCACCUUCAGAGAGAUCCCCUACAGCCAAAUCAGAGACAAGGUCGACAAGUUCGCGGACAUCAUGCUGUCCUUCGCUGAGGGCUUCCAUGGCGACAGCACGCCGUUCGACGGCGAGGGCGGCUUCCUGGCCCACGCUUACUUCCCGGGAAAUGGCAUAGGGGGAGACACGCACUUUGACCUCGCCGAGCCCUGGACCACCGGGAACACCGACCAGGGGGGUAAUGAUGUUUUCCUGGUGGCGGUCCAUGAGCUGGGUCACGCCCUGGGCCUGGAGCACUCCAACGACCCUUCUGCCAUCAUGGCCCCCUUCUACCAGUGGUUUGAUACGGAAAACUUCCAGCUGCCAGACGACGACCGCAGAGGCAUCCAGGCCAUCUACGGAACCAAGUCCGGGGGUCCCCCUCCUCCUCCCCCACCCCCUCGACCCACCAAGUCAUCCACCCCAGACGUCGGCCCGGACAUCUGCGAGGGACACUUCGACACCAUCGCCAUCCUCAGAGGGGAAAAGUUUGUAUUUAAGGACAAGUGGUUUUGGCGUGUGCGUAACAACAAGGUGCUGACCGGUUACCCGAUGACCAUCAGCCACUUCUGGAAGGGCCUGCCCUCGAACAUCAACGCCGCCUACGAGAGGGACGAUGGGAAAUUUGUCUUCUUCAAGGGUGACAGGUACUGGGUUUUCAGUGAGUCCAGCAUGGACAAGGAUUCUCCCAAGAGCCUGAAAGACCUGGGCACCGGUCUACCCAAAGACAAGAUCGAUGCCGCUCUCUUCUACACGCCAACAGGACAGACGUACUUCUUCAGAGGCAACAAGUACUACCGCUUCAACGAGCAGACUCGCACCGUGGACAGCGGUUAUCCAAAACCCAUCAGCACGUGGAGCGGCGCCCCGGAUAACAUCAAAGCCGCCAUCAUGAGCGAAGAUGGAUCUUACACCUACUUCUACAAAGCCAACAAGUACUGGAAGUUCAACAACCAGUACAUGAAGGUGGAGUCCGGCUACCCCAAGUCCGUACUCAGUGACUGGAUGGGCUGCGAAAGCGAUGAGCCCAAGAAGGGUCGGGAAGGGGAGGUGAUCAUCAUCGAGGUGGACGAAUCGCAGAGCGGCGCCGGGCCGGCCGCCGUGGUCAUCCCUCUCCUCCUGUUGGUGCUGGUUGUGGUCACCCUGGGAGCGCUUUUGUUCUUCAGGAAGUACGGCACGCCUCGACGCCUCCUCUACUGCCAGAGAUCCCUCCUGGACAAGGUGUAGACAGAGCGACGGGGGGGGAUUGACAGACUGCCACAGAGGGACAGAGAACGAGGGCCGAGGGCGAAGAUGGAAACCGAGAGCGGGGAGGGAAGAAAUGGAAGAGGAGGAGGAGGAGAGAGCAACGGGAGGAAAGACGGAAGACAUGGGGGAAGAAGUUUGGGUGGUUUGUAUGUGCCACAAAAGUGAGAGAGAAAAAGGCCCUAGAAACUGAAAAUCAGGAAAAUGUGUAUUUGUAUGUUAACGAUUUACAUGUACUGUUCUGUGUCCAGAGAUUAAAAACAUACCCACAAUCUCGCAUAGAGGAGGGAGAUAUACAACGAGACUCAUGUUCAUCAGCGACUUCCCUCUCUCACAUGUGUUUAGAAAAAAAAAAAAACAUCCCUCCUCCCUCCCUCUACUUUAACUGGACGACUCCAGCUGAACUGCUGUCUGAUUCACUUUAAAAUCUGUGUCUUGUUUGGGUUUAUACCCAGAAAUCCAUCUUUAACUUCUGUUAAGAGUUUUUGCUCUUAAAUACAUUUGCUGUCCAAAGUCUGUUGGGGUUUUUGGGAAUUUUACUCAGCGUGACAUUUUUGAAUAAACUGUGUUGACAUUUCCUUUUAUUCAGCACAAAAUAGGGCCAGGUGUCGAACCUCGAACUUCGUGCUUGUCGAAGCACCGCCUGAAGUGUAUCUGUCUGUCGAAUGUCUGGUCAGAUUUGUAUUUUUUGAUCAAAUGAUUCCAUAUGUUAGGGUGCAAUAUGUAAGAACUGGCCACUCAAAUUCAUGUGCACAUGUGUGUCCCCAGAGUAACUGCAAACUACUGCCGACUGUAGCCACAGUUAGCUACUUAGCUCAGUUAGCCAUACAGCUAGCGAUUCGGGCUGGCUAUCCAGGCUUGGAGCUUGGGGCAAGCGAGAUUUGUUGGCGUUAACAUCACUGGAACAGGAGUUUUUAACCUGGGGCUGAACAUUGCAACGCAGCACACUGACACUUGAAUGUUUUCAACCAAAGUUCUUACAUAUUGCACCUUUAAAACAAAAUUCUGCCAGCUUUAUUAAGGUAAUGUUCUUGUACUGUUGCCCAUGUUUUGCCAGCAUUAAUGUUUGAGAUGUUUUUGUAGGAAAAAAAAGUUCAUAUUUCUCAAAGUAAUUGAUUGAUUGAUUGUCUCCCAUCUUUGCAUGACCACGUCCAGCUUUAGUUAUCAUCACCUGCCAACAUUUUGGAUAGAUUUGAUAGAGCUGACCAUGAUUUUAAAAAAGUCCCUUAUGCACAGUGUUAGUAUCGAUUGAUGCAGACUUUUGAACAUGCACAGAUUAGUUAGUGUAACCAGGUUUAUGUCCACAAGUGCCAGGCCUAACACGAGGCUGCUGGAGGCGGUUCAGGGUGGUGUCGCUUUAGCAGAUUGUCCUACUGGUACAAACACUUGAGUCCUUUUUUUUCUUAACUCGAUUCACAGGCAAAACUCUUUUCACUAAGUCAGUGCAAGCAGUCAGACGGGAAAAAUAUUUCUUUAAAAAAAAAAAAAAAAGCGUGAUGUCUUAUCUCACAAAUCUUACAUUCCAGUUGUCGAAUAUGAGCAGGGCUGCUUGUGUCAGUAAGCGGUACAGUUUUCCAACAAUAUUGUGCAAUUGUUUUAAUUAUUAUCGUCGUUAUGGGAAAUUGUUGUUAUUAUAAGUAUGGUUAUUGUUAUUAUUGUUGUCCUGGUAAAGUUGCAAUGAUUUUUUUUUUUUUUUUUUUUUUGUACAUUGUCAUUUGGAGUCCUGCUGGACAGAGGCAUAACAUGACAAUGGUGGAGAUGAAUCCCAGUUUACACUCAGUGUGUGUUGAAUUAGAUCAGAUCAGGGGGUAAAUGUGAGUUUCAGGGAGUUUUUCCCGAAAUCACCCAGAUGUUGGCACAGAAUAACAAGCAAUGCUAUUUAUGAACUUUUGAUGGUGCUCAAUGAUUUUCUUUUCUUUUUUUUCUUUUUUUUUUACACAAAUCAAAAUUGUAGGUGAAUUGAUUAAGAUAAUAACAAUGAUAAUGGUAAUGAUAUUUAUAAUGAUGAUCAUAUCAAUAAAAUGGAAUGAGAUUUUUGUUCCUG